UCGGUGAACGGAACAGAAACGAAAGGCUUUCGGAGUUUGAAACGGGCAUUUCAGUUAUGGCAACGAAGAGCAAGAUUCUGUUGAUCGGAGGGACUGGAUAUAUCGGAAAAUUCAUCGUGGAAGCGAGCGCAAAAGCCAGUCAUCCGACGUUUGUACUCGUUAGAGAGGCCACUCUUUCUAACCCUGACAAAUCCAAGAUCAUCGAGAAUUUCAAGAGCCUCGGCGUCAAUUUUAUUACCGGAGAUUUAUAUAAUCACGAGAGUUUGGUGAACGCGAUUAAGCAAGUGGACGUGGUGAUAUCGACGGUAGGUCACGCUUUAUUAGGUGAUCAAGACAAGAUUAUCGCUGCCAUUAAAGAAGCUGGAAACGUCAAGAGAUUCUUUCCUUCAGAAUUUGGCAAUGAUGUUGAUCGUGUUCACGCUGUCGAGCCAGCGAAAACAGCAUUUGGGAUAAAGGCUAACAUCCGCCGCACUGUUGAGAAAGAAGGAAUUCCAUACACCUAUGUAGCAAACAGUUUCUUUUCUGGCUACUUCCUUCCCUCUUUAGCACAGCCUGGAGCCACAUCUCCCCCCAGGGAUAAAGUGGUCAUCUUAGGAGAUGGAAAUCCAAAAGCAAUUUUUAACAAGGAAGAUGACAUUGCAACCUAUACCAUCAGAGCAGUGGAUGAUCCAAGAACCUUGAACAAAGUCCUUUACAUAAGACCUCCUGGCAACAUUUACUCAUUAAACGAUCUCGUGUCUCUGUGGGAGAAAAAGAUUGGCAAAACCCUCGAAAGGGUCUAAGUAUCCGAGGAGCAACUUCUGAAAAACAUUCAAGAAGCUCCGGUUCCUGUGAAUGUGCUAUUAUCUAUCAACCACUCAGCCUUUGUGAAGGGAGACCAUACCAACUUUGAGAUUGACCCAUCGUUUGGAGUUGAAGCCACAGCGCUUUAUCCUGAUGUCAAGUACACCACCGUGGAUGAGUACCUCAAUCAGUUUGUGUGAACCCAUCUUUGUUUAUCUGCAGGAUCUUAAUAAAUAAUGUGGUGGUUGACUGGUUGCUAUAUAUAUUAUAGGCUUUUAUGCUCAGUUUGCUUUCCUGUUUUUCCGUGUAUUAAAUGUAUUUAGCAAUAAAUAAACUUAAAUUCCCAAA